AUGAAACGUGCAUCCUCUUUAACUAAAUAAUCUACACAAACAUCUAAAAUUAGUACUCAAACUUCCUUUAAAUAAAAUUAAAAAUUUUCAAGUGUUAAAUCAAAAUAUAAAGAACCAAAAAAGAUUCCUGGAGCAACACCUUAUGAUCCAACAAAUAGUUCUGGGAAAUUAUCUGCAAUAACAUAAAAUUUAUUCAGGAUAGUAAUUACAUUUAGCAUUUCUAAUUUUGCUGAAUAUAUCAAUUUAAAAUAAGUAUGUUCAAGGUUUUAUUAUGAAUUGGAAUCUAAUAUUCAUAAUUUUUAAUACUUAAAUCCUUUAUAAUAUUAGAAUAUUAAACAAAUUGUUGAAUAGUUAAAAGUCAUUUAUUUUAACUAAUAAAUCAAUCGCUAUACAACAUUUCAUGAAAAAAUGAAUUCUAUGUUUUAAUAUGGAGCUACUAAAUUAAAUUUACCUGAUAAAUUAGUUGAAUCUCUAUAAAUUUAGAUUUAAAGUGCUAGAGUAAAUAAAAAAUAAUUCACUCCUUAAAUACUAUUUAGAAAAUUAAAUUUUGCAUCUCAUUUAUAUUUCAAAAUAUUAUUAGAUGGAGUUCCAAUAAAUAUGAAGAGUGAUACUUAUGAUAGUAUUUAGGUUUAUUUUAAAAUAGAAUCUAAGUAUUUAAAUUUAUCAAAAGAAUUUACUAAAAAUUAUGAAUGUUAAGAGAUUCUAAAAAAAUCAAUUAAUUAAAAAGCAUUUACUUAUAUGACUGAUGGUCAUUAUUUAUUCACUUAUUUUGAAAAUGAUAAAUAAAUGUUAUAUAUUUUAUGGGAAAAUUCAACUGUAGAUUUAAUGUAUUAUUUUUGGAAAUAAUUAAAAUAAAAGUAUUUUUGGGUAAAUAAAGUAUUAAUAUAAAAAUAAUAUAAAUCAAUUAUGGAAUCAAGAUCUAAAUAAAAUAUUUAAAAUUAAAGAGCAUUAUCAGAAUCAAAAUAGAAAUCAUAAGUAGAUGAAGAUAGUGAUGAUGAAUACAUAUCAUUUUAGUAGUAAAAAUAAACAACUUUAACAUUACCUUAAAUAAAAUCACCUUAAUAAUAAUAAUAAUAAUAAUAAUAAUAACUUCCUCCUAAACCAAAAAAAAAAGUUUCAACAUUUUUAAAAACAAAAGUUAUUUAAAAUAAAAUAUAAUAUGCUUCAAUGAAAGAUUAUAUGUAUGAUUAAUAAGAUUUUGAAUUGAUGAUCAAUAUUCAUACAGGAAUAAAAGGAUAAAAUUUAUUUUAUUUUGUUGAUACAAAAGCUAUGCCAAAAUUAGAUGAAGAUUGUUUAUAUUUUACAUAUAAAAUGAAAGAACAUAUAAAUCUAUCAUAUAAAUUUUAUUUAGAUAAUAAAUUAGGAAUGAAAGAAGUAGUUGAAAAUUUAUUUUUAUGUGAUAUAACUUUUAAAGAUAGAGAUGAUUUUAGAAUUAUAUUUAGUGGAUUUGUUUAAAUGUUUAAUGAAGAUACUACAUCAGUAGCUAAAUAAUAUGAUGUUUCUUAUAUGGAUAUAAAAGAGUGGAGAUCUCUUAAAUUGUGGGAUGAAAAUAGAUUUGAAUUAGUAAUAUUAUUUGGUACCUAACCUUCAGUUAUUAAACUUUUAGAACUAAAACUAAUGGAUAUAAAUUGA